AUGUAUCUUACUGCUAUGCAUUUACCUAGACGAUCAUUCUAUUGUUAUACAUGGGCUGAUGCGAUAACAUUUUAUUGCCCUAUCGUCAAAGCUAAGAUUCCCUUUCAGAACGCACCAUUAGAUGAAGUCGAAGAUGCUAAAAAUAUAACAGUUCCAAACUCUAAGUUCUGCGAGUAA